AUGUCUGAUGCUAAAUCUGUGAAUGUGUCUCUUGAUUCCCACUUUGUGUUAAGUAAGGAUCAGUCUCCUAAGACUGAAACUGAAAUAACUGAAAUGAAGAAUGUGACUUAUUCCAAUGUUAUAGGAUUUGUUAUGUAUCUCAUGAUUAGUACUAGGCCUGAUAUAACAUAUGCACUUAGUUACUUGAGUAGAUUUAUGUCUAACUCAUGUAUUAAGAUGGUUAGUUAUGUGGAUUCAAAUUAUGUUAAUGAUAGGGAUAAUAGAAAGUAUAUUAUUUCCUAUGUGUUUACAUUGUGUGCCUCUUGCAUAAGUUGGAAGUCUCAACUUCAACCCAUUGUUGCUUUAUCUACUACAAAAUCUGAGUAUGUAGCUGUCACUGAAGCUUUUAAGGAAGCAAUUUAG